AUGACGGUGACGAUAGAGAUGACCAUCAUGAUGGUGAUGAUAGAGGUGACGAUGGCAAUGUUGAUAGUUCAUUUGAUGUAUGACGAGGAUUUACAUGACGCUAUUGUUGAAUAUUAUAUACAUUACAAUGAUAAAGAAGAUGAUAAAGAUGAAGACGAUAGAGAUUACGAUAGUGAUGAAGAUGAUAGAGAUACGGAUGGUGAUAAUAGAGAUGACGAUGGUGAUAUAGAUGAUAGAGAUGAUGAUGAUUAUGAAGAUGCUAGAGACGAGGAAGAAGAUGAAGAUGAUAUAGAUUACGAUGCUGCUGUAGAUGAUAUAGAUGAGAAUGAUGGUGAAUAUGAUAGAGAUAGGGAUGAUAUAGAUAACGGUGAUGAUGUAGAUGAUAGAAGUGAGGAUGUUGAUGACGAUGAUCAAGAUGAGAUUAAUGAUGAAGAUUAUGGAGAUGUUGAUGGUAGUAAUAAUGAUAGGAGUACCGAUGGUGAUGAAGAUGAUAGAGAUAACGAUGUUGAUGAAGAUGAGGAUGACGAUGAUAAAGAUGACGAUGAUUUUUAA